CCAUGUCACUCUGGGAGGGAGACAGCAGCAACUAAGCUGUGCAAGAUUUUUUUUUUCUUUUCCCUUUUCUUUUUCUUUCUUUCUUUUUUUUUUUCUUUUCCUUCUUUCUCUCUCUCUCUCUCUUUUCUUUUUCUUGAAGGUGGGGAAAGAGACAAACAGGAGACAGGAAGCUGAUCUGCAAGGAUUCGGAGUUGUGCUAAAAGGACUUGAUUUCUUUUCCCCCUUUACAAACGCUGGCAAUUGGCAUCACUACAGACAGCCUGGUUAGAGAACAAACUGCCUCUUCCCAAGUGGACCCCGACAGCAGCUCAGGGAAGCCAGGAAAGAUCUGGAGAGGCUGUGUGUGCGUUUUUUCUACAGCUCUCACUCCCCACCCUUUCUUUAUUGUUAUUCUUUUUUUGGUGUGUGUGCUUUUUGUUUUUGUUUUGUUUUGCUUUUUAAAAAUUCUUGCUGUGCUGGAACUAGCGAGUGACGGAGUCUCUGAAGCCUCAUCAGUCAUCGGGACUGUCAGGAAUAGUGGUUUACGAGGAAGCUCGGCCUGGGGCACUAUACCCUGUCAUCCAGUUCCCUGCCUCGGAGAUAAAGAUUCCAGCUACAUGGGCAAACGCCUGGAUCAGCCACAAAUGUACCCCCAGUACACUUACUACUAUCCUCAUUAUCUCCAAACCAAGCAGUCCUAUGCACCAGCUCCCCACCCCAUGGCUCCUCCCAGCCCCAGCACAAACAGCAGCAGCAACAACAGCAGCAGCAACAGCAGCGGGGAACAGUUGAGUAAAACCAACCUGUACAUUCGAGGCCUCCCGCCAGGCACCACCGACCAGGACCUCAUCAAGCUGUGCCAACCGUAUGGAAAAAUUGUGUCCACAAAGGCAAUUCUUGACAAAAACACAAAUCAGUGCAAAGGUUAUGGUUUUGUAGAUUUUGACAGUCCCGCAGCUGCUCAAAAAGCAGUAGCAUCUCUAAAGGCAAAUGGCGUGCAAGCACAGAUGGCCAAGCAACAAGAGCAAGACCCAACAAACUUAUACAUCUCAAAUCUUCCCAUUUCUAUGGAUGAACAGGAACUCGAGAAUAUGCUGAAACCCUUCGGACAUGUCAUUUCUACAAGAAUACUAAGAGAUGCUAAUGGAGUCAGCAGAGGCGUUGGCUUUGCCAGAAUGGAGUCUACUGAAAAAUGUGAAGUGGUAAUUCAACAUUUUAAUGGAAAAUACCUGAAAACACCACCAGGCAUCCCAGCCCCCAGUGAGCCUUUACUGUGCAAAUUUGCUGAUGGAGGACAAAAGAAGCGACAGAAUCAAAGCAAAUAUACCCAGAACGGGCGGCCUUGGCCCAGGGAAGGAGAGGCUGGCAUGGCUCUGACCUAUGACCCCACAGCCGCCAUACAGAAUGGAUUUUAUUCUUCACCGUACAGUAUCGCAACCAACCGCAUGAUUCCACAGACAUCCAUCACGCCAUUCAUUGCUGCUUCCCCUGUCUCCACAUAUCAGGUCCAGAGCACUUCAUGGAUGCCUCAUCCGCCAUACGUUAUGCAACCAACAGGUGCUGUGAUUACCCCAACAAUGGACCAUCCUAUGUCAAUGCAGCCAGCAAACAUGAUGGGCCCCCUGACACAGCAGAUGAAUCACCUUUCACUGGGCACAACAGGAACGAUUCAAUCACAAGACAGGAUUAUGAUACUCCACCAGCUGUUGUGUCAGUAUAUGACUGCUGCUGCUCCUAUGCAAGGGACCUACAUUCCCCAGUACACGCCUGUGCCUCCGACAGCUGUUUCUAUUGAAGGUGUUGUGACUGAUACCUCUCCCCAGACAGUUGCACCUUCAUCCCAGGACACCAGUGGUCAGCAACAACAGAUAGCAGUGGACACAUCCAACGAACAUGCACCUGCAUAUUCUUACCAACAGUCAAAACCAUAAAGAGGAAUGAAGAAUGUCCGUCUGAAACUUUGCCUUGAAUAAAGAAACUUCAUUGAACAAGAAGUUGGCUUCCAGUUUGCACAGGCGUCAAUGGAAUGCUUUUUUUUUCUUUUUAAUUUUAUACUUUACCCAAUGAAAACCAAGUUUUUAUGUGCUGUGCAAAUAGUUCCUUCAUGUGGUUUGACAAUUUAUUUUUGCCAUCAUAUUUUUAAUUAAAAAAAAAAAAAAUCCCAGAAGAGGAAAAAAAAAAAACUGUAAGACAAAACAUUGAAGGUUGACAUUUUAUCUGGAAGAACAUUUGAAUUCAAAUUUUGAAGAAGCUGUAGAUAGAUUUUUUUUUUUUUUUUUUUAACAGAAAACCGGAUGUCAAGAGGUGGGCAAACAGAAUGGAAACAAAUUGUCUUCCUCAAUAAUUAAGCUACUCUGUCUCUCUUUUAUUCUUCUUGUUUAAAUCUAGUGGGUUGAUUUUUGUAUUUUAUUUUUUCUUAGAAAUAUUUAGGUAAGGUUUAUCUUGAAUCUUAAUUGCCUUAAUUUUAAGGACGUCAAAGGCUCUCGAGGCAAGCUGUCAACGUCUUGUUUAAAAAAAUCAAGAGAGAAUUGAAAUAUUGUGCCAGCUUUAGCUGGUACAGAAGUUUAAGACUGAGUUUUUAGGGUGAAAAAGAAACUGUACAGUUUAAAUGAAAAUGUUUUUCUUCAUUUGAAGAAAAUUUGUUGAUAAAAGAAACCAGGGCAACUGCAAGAAUUGGGGAAAUGCUGGGACUUUUCAUGAACUUUGUCUGAAGUGUUGACACGAAUCACUCUAGAAGGCUAAAACAUUUUACAGUAAAGUUAUUAAUGUUGGUUUAAAAACAACUGCAUUAGAAAUAAUGCGUGUUUGGGAGGCAGAAUGCAGAUUUUUUUAAUUUACAAAGCGUGAUUGCUAGCAAAAGCAUUAGUGCUUUUUAUCUGCAGUCUUUUUUAUGAGCUUUACAAAGUUUUUAGUCAGCUUUGCUUGUCACAUUGCAAAACUUAGCUUAAGAGCAUUAAAAAAACUUAAGUAGAUAGGAGCUUAUGGUCAAAAAGUGCAAAAAAAUAAAAAAAAAACAAAAAAAGCAAUAGGUAGAGAAAUUGUUGACAAUUUCUGUAGUCUUUCCUAGUUGUGAUCAAAUUCAGCCUAUGGAUGGCCUAUUUUAUACCAAAGAUGAAGUGACACCCUAUUACAGUCCAGAGGAUAGAGGUUGUUUUUCUUUUCUUUUCUUUUCUUUUUUAAAAAAAUUUAUUUGACCCACAUGGCCGGACCAGUUCUUAUUUUGUUGUUUGUUUAAACUAUCUUCCACUGGUGUUUUACAUAUUGCAAAAAACAAAACAAAACAAAACAAAAAACAAAAAAAAACUUUGCUUUCCUUUAAAUGCAUAUUCAUUGAUAGUAGAAGCUCACACUUGCUGUGUUCAGCAGUUCCAGCGUGAAGCAUUCUGGAUGCCGACUGAUAGAACCAAAUGGUUUGAAUUCUGUGAGCAGUUGCUUGCUAACUGUCUUGAGUAGUGAAACCUGUAUUAAUGGACACCAAUAAGCCAAGACAUUUGUCUAACAGGUUGACAUUUCUUUAUCUAAAAUUUGAACUAAAGACCAUUUCUGAACCUGGUCUGAAAGGUCACUUGUCAAAAAAGCUUAAAGAUAGUCUGUGAAAUGGUGAGUGAUCUCCUGAAAAGAUGUCAUUGCUUUUGUAACAACAGUCUUCCUUCUACAUUUCAGCACCUCUGCUUUUUGUCUUUUCACCUCAGUCUUUGUCAUUGUCAAUAGCCACCUUGAUUUUGCAAUUGGGGAGGAGGUAUCUUCUUUUUGCCUGUUUUCACUGUAUUUUCAUAUCCAAGUGUUGCCAGAAAGACAGACAACACAGACCUUUUUAUUUCAUUUAACUCUCUGAGGCAAGAAGGACCAAUAAAAUUGAGGAUUCUCUUGGAAUUUAAGGAUGCUCUUAAGAUGCUAGUUGACAAUCAAGAAAGUGAAUGAUUUAUAUAAACAAGCACCAAAAGAAUAAGUUUGAUCAAUCAUUGAAGCCAAAGUGGGCAUAUUUGCAUUCAAAAUGAUGCAAAACUUUGUCUAAAAUAAAUUAAAUUGACUUAUCUAGAAAAUAUAUCUACAUUUUUGAUUCAUGAAAUGUGUGUUCAACCUGUACAGUUUUGCUGAAAUUAAAGAGUGGAGUGUGGGAUGGAAUUUUUUAAUUGAACCAUUCACUAGAUUGCUUUCACAAUGAACUAUUUGAAUCAAAUCUGUAAAACUUCUUCCACAAACUAAGGAAGUCACAGAGACCUGUCUUAGCCCAGAAGAAAGAGGGAAAUGUGUUAAGUGUACUAUAUAAGAAAACAGGGUAGGUUUUUAAAAACUAAAAUUUUAAAGAUAAAUCAUAUUCCCUUUAUAUCAACAUGAGUAACAAAGUUGACUCAAGGGAAAUUGUUAAUAUUCCACUAUUUAUAUAGACCUGGUUUCUCUUAUUUGCAACCCCAUGAAUUAGAAGCUGAAACCAGACAGUGACUCCAUAUCUUUGUAGCCAAAUUAGAAGCAAAGUGUCUGCAGGAGAAUGUAGUAUGUGCUACAGAGAAAUCCAAACUGGUCACAACCAUUUUCAUUAUGAUUCUCCAUGCAUUAGAGAAAACGCUAAGAUUAUGUAUACUUUCUUCUGUUUUAACCUUCAGCUUCCCAUUCAUUGUAAGGGUGGCACUUAAGUUUUAUGUUUGAAAAGGGCCCUCAGUUUCAGGGUUUUAAAAAAUAUGUAUGGAAACCAUAUUUUCUGUUUUUCUUUUCCACUCUCUGAACUCUUUGUAUAAAUAAGGAUUAUCCUGGGCAUAAUUCAUUUGAAUAUGAAACCAACAUGCUUUAUUUUGUUUCUGUCAAAAACAAAAAACAAAACCAAAAACACGUAUUAAUGUGAUACAAAGAAAGUCUCAUUUACACAAUCAGCAAUGAGGCUAAGAGGUAGCUACCAUGUGGCUGACGAAUGUGCCUAGGUAACUUCCUGUUUCUAUUCAAAACUGCUGCUUUAUUUAUACAUUUCUCAGCUAUGAAAUUUCAAUAAUCUUGAUUUUUUUAAGCCACUUCAUAUAUAAGGAAAUUACCUGUCAUUUUACCUAUCCAUAUAUGUUUUGUGUUUUGAUCAUUUAUGUCAUGCCAGUUUAUAAAUUAUAUUAUUUCAAACCAAAAAAGGAAAAAAAUGGAAAAAUGGCAUAUAUUCAACAUACCCCCUCUCGUUUCCUGUCAUCUUAGCUAAGAAUUGUUUGAAGAGCCAAUUAUAGGGGAGAAAAAAGCAUCAACAGGUAAGCCGCAUUACAUUGUAUGAAAACAAAGCAAACCAAAUAUCUGUUCAAUGAAGCAGAUGUUAGGAUUCUAAUUAAUGAACAAUAUAUGUAUGAUUGUAGUCUUAUUUAGGACUAUAAUUUUUUUUUAAUUAAAGUUCAUUUUUUAUGUAUUCUGGAUCACCAGAUUUUUAAGCAUUUAUUCAGAUGUUUCAGUUUUUCCUUUUAAUUGCCAACACUUAGCCCAAACAUCAAGAAGCAAACUAAAGUCAGAAUCCAAAUUAGAUAAACACUGUCUCAUCCAAACUCUAGUUACAUGAUCAAUGGCAAGGUGGAUUUUCUUUUCAUAAUAAUAAGGUGUCAGGGGAGGCUAACUGGGAGCUCCCCAAAGACAACAUAAUAGACCAUAUGUGAAUUAAUGGUAAUACUAGCAGGUGCUGAAGACAGUUUGUCCUUGAAUGCUAACAUGUCUCAAAUAUUGCAAAUAAUGUAAUAUUCUUUAAAAACAUGCUCUACCUGACUCCAGUUUAGCCAGAAUUAAUUCAUUUCUUUGGUAGAUUUCAAUAGUUACAAAUGUGGUCUUCAUAUUUCACAUGAAUUACUUCUUCUGGUGACCUUAGCAGAACCACCACAUUUGAAAACAUAUGACUCACUUCCACCUUUUUCUAAUGAAAAAUUGCAUGGUGUUAAAUAAACUUCUAUUAGAUGGAAGUAUGAAAACUGAAGAAGGCUGGAUGGAAUAGGAUGUUCACAUUAUUUCACUAUGCCUAUAAAAUAUGUUGUUGACCCCCUUGCAAAACUUCUUUAAAAUCACUUUCAAUCCAUAUAUAGCCAAAAAAGUACUUCAUUUUCCAAAAAACAAGACUUUAUCUCAAUCAUUAGGAUGUAUGCCAUAUACCAAUAUACAUUAUAUAGUGGCCUAAAGUUUUCUUUAAUGAAAAGUGAAAUUUGAUUUAAAUAGGACUCUUACAGUCUUCUUCAUAAUUGAGAAGUUUCAAUAGGCUGUCUAGACAGAUUAUGAUGUUAGUAAGAGACUAAAAGUACAUUUGACAAUUCAGUUCAUUCUUAAUUUGAGUUCAUGAACCACUGCAGAUGAGCUGAUAAGCAGAGAGGAAAUUCUUAAGUGGGUAUCCAGUGAUAAUUUUAAAUAGGAUUUUAAAUCAAGGAAAGAAAUAAUAAUAUAUACUACAUGUAACAACAUUCAGCAUAUUUGAGGAAUCAUACAAUGUAAUAAAGUUUAAUCAUGUCAUAGAACCUUGAUUUUUACUAUUUUACUAUUCUCACUAUUACCUCUACUAUCUACAGUAGAGGUAAAGGGUGAGAUUUUUGUUUUUCAUAUUAUUGUGGCUGGCAUGCUUCAAAAUUUUGAGCUAACUGAUGGUUUCUUACCUCAAUCUGAGGGAUUGGCAGAAUUUAAAUAGGUUCAUUGACUCUAUACACAAUACUCUUCCUGUGGGAAAGUGAUAAUGGGAUUUCAUUAAUGAGUCAAUCUGUUUAACAAAUAAAAUCCACUGUGCCAUUAGAAGACCUUGGAUCUGACUCAAGUUUAGCAUUUGUGACCAAACAUUCUUAAAUAUGAAUGUGGUCCCUUAAUCCAAAUGUGCUUGGUCAUGGCUUUUUUUUUUUUUGGAUUACAAAGAGUUCAAGAAAAUACAAAAGCUUAGUACAAAAUCCUCAAGGGGCCCCAGGGACCUCUUAAGAUGUGGGGAAGGGAAGUUCACACCAGAUGAAUGAUUUCUUUUAUCUUUUGUUUUAUACCAAAACAUAUGGAUGCUUACUGUUGCAAAAAGGGAUAGAUGACUUUCAAUAUUUAUUUCUGGUUAUUUCUUGGAGGGAAAAUAAUGUAUCAAGAGAAAUUUGUUCCACUCAGAAAGCUUUCAAGCUGAAGCAGAAGUGCAGUCAAGCUUGGAGUCUUCAGCAAGCACCACUACGCCACUGAGUGGCACUUGGAUUUUCUUAUUCUUUCUCUAAUUCUGACUCGUGCAUAAAUACAGUCACUCUCAAUUUUUGAAGGGCUAAUUAUCUACUUUGUGAAUAUAUUUUGUCAUUUCUUUUCAACUUUUAGGGCUUGGGCUCCUUUAUUAGCAUUUCUCCUAGAGGAUGGACAAAAAAAAUUGAAAAUAAAACUCAAAUCAGAUUAUUUUGUUUCUUAUUAAGUAUUGAUUUAUCAAGGGAGUUUGAAGUCAUUGGUGAAAUUAAUAUCGAUGCAUUAUGCAUCAUGAAUUUUGGUUAUCCAUAAUGUCUUCUUCCCAUCUACCACAAAUAAUUGAGAGUUAGCUGUAUUCUUACAGAAUAUAAAAGAAAAAAAAAAUAGAGCUAAAAAAUGUGGCUUCCAUAAAAAGAAGUUUUGAUUUUAUAUACUCCACUAAAUUUAAACGAGUAGAACAAGUCAAUACAAUUUCUCUUAUGAGACUAUAAUAGUAGUUUUUGAUUUAAUGUGUGCUCUUAUUCCUAUCUUAAAUAUUUGACAAAAAAGUAACAUUGCUUUUGUUAUUUUUUGACUUUGCAUAUUUGUUUUGAGGCUAAAUGACUUUGACACUCCAGUGGAUAUUUUUAAUGAUUAUAUCAAAUUUUUAAAAUGUCCUAAGUGUAACUUUAGUGUUAUACUUUGCAUUUUAACCCCUCUGAUCUCAGAUUAUUAAGACUGAUGCUCUGUUCUCCUCCCCCAAAUAUAUUAUUUCUGCAUGUAUUCAAAAAGGAGUUAUUUCAUACUUUUCAGGAACUAUAAGAAUUAUUUCAAAGAGACACUUGAAAAAGUUUUCUCCAUUCUGGAAAUAACUACUUCCAUUUAUUUAAAAAGAAAAAUAAGAAUAUAUUGGAGUCUUAAUUUUUAAAAAUGUGAAAAUACUUGCUAUGAGGUAUCUCUCAUCUACUAAGAACGGGACACAGCUUCUUUUAAAUCCCUAUUUCAGGCCAUAUUAGAUUUCAUGGAACUUCUGAAACAUCAUUCAAUUUGGGGCUUUAUUUAAGAGCAUUUUUGUAUUGCUGUCACUGACUGUCAUGGAAGUUCUGUAAUUCUAAGGUGUUUCUGGUUUUAUUUUUAAUUUUUUUCAUCUGUACCACAGUCAAGUUAGAUACCAUUUCCCCCAUUCCUUGGGCUUUCUGUAGAUCAGUGGAUGUUAGGUUUAAACUUCUGUUUUCUUUGAUGAAGCUUUCAAUAAAAAAUGAAAAUAAAAUCAAU